AUGAGCCCCAGCUUGUAUAUCUUGGGCAGGCGGCGCUCGAACACGCCCUGCGAGUGGGCGCGCGCGGGGCCGCGCGGGGCGGGCGGGUCGCGCUCGAGCACGCGGUCGGCGGAGGCGCCGCGGGGGCGCGCGGGGUCGGGCGGAGAGGCGAGCUCCGGUUCGUACUCGCGGGGCGCGGGCGCGGCGCACUCGCACUCGGGGUCGCUGGCGUCGCCCUCGUCGAAGGAGGCGAGCGACGCAGCGGCGGGCGCGCGCGGGGCGGCGGCGCGGGGGGCGGGGCGCGCAGCCGCUCCAGCGAGAGGCCGCGGCGGGGGCGCGCGCGCGGCGGGCUGCGCUCCUCCGGCGUGGCGGGCAGCGCCGGCCCGCGCCCGAACUCUAUGA